UUUUGGGAGUGCAAGUUCAGCUCUGAGUCUGUAUCCAGGUGGCAUAUGUACAACCUGAGGCAACAUAUGAGCUGACUGACACACUGCACAUCCAAUGCAGUGCAAUUUGCAAAUUCUGUCCUAAUCAAUCUAGAAUUAAUCGUAAGGCUUACUUCAGCUUUCAUAUCUUGUUUCUUUACAAUGUAGCCUAAUGAGUUCACAAAUUUGCACAAAUGCAGAAAAUUGAGCAUUUGUGGGUAAAGCAUACAGAAAGCUGUAAUGUAUAGAAGAGUACAAUCAGUUGUAAUGUAACAGUAUCUGUUCUAUACUGUAAAAACACGGGUGUGGAGGCUGAGACAUGAACAAAAUAACAUUAAAAAAAUCCUUUCCAUGACAUCAUUAAGAGGGCACAGAAAAGUUCAGAGAGGAAGUUUACCUUUCAAAGCCUUUCUGUUUUUGAUACUCUUUGUCUAUUGAUCUGACGUUAACACAUAAAUGGUAAUAUGCCCAAUUUCAUAAAAAAAAGUACAUGUAACUCUGCACAUUACAUGUUGUUGAAGUCCGUAUUUCCAUGUUGCAUGCUCUGGUAUAAGGUGGGACAGAAAUACACUUUAUAACAUUACCUGCAGAAUUUCUCCGUUACAUGCAACUGUAUUUUAACUGCUCAUCAAGUCUUGAAAUAGCUACAUUGAAUUACAAUUUAAUCUAGAAGCUUUUAUUUAUUAACACGACUGAACAAUUCAAAGCGGUGAAAAAUUGAAAGAAAAAAGAAAAUUACAAAGGAAAAUUUAAAAAAAAGUGUGCCUUGUGAGCAUGGCUGAGAAUUUCAAUGAAUUUAUGUUGUCCAUGUUGACAAUUAAGAAACAACAUGCAGGCAGGGUAGCCUGCUUCUGUAGGCUACAAGCCCAAAAGCCCAAAGCAUCCGAACCGAGAAAAGCAUCGAUCCUUGAACUUCUUCAGAAAUUCAGUAUUAGAUGUUUUCAACUUGCAUGCAAAGCAGACAGAUGUGAAAGAGUUCGGAAAUGCAGAAAUUAUUUUGAAUUCAACGAAGUGUUUUCUCUUUGCCCUCCUUCACUCAGUUUAAUUUGCCCUCAAAUCGAAACAGAGCGAUUACAGCGCUGAGAGGGAAAGCACCGCACUCAUUAAAAGCAGAUCAGCCCUAUCGCAGCUGCUGCACACUACCUGCAGUUGUUAGGUGCGCUGGGAUACACAUUAUCUACACUAAACUUCUAUUUGCUCUUUUUCGAAAAUACAUUUGCGUAAGAGUCAAUUACUUUGAACGCUUAUCUUAAAUACACCAGUGACACAAAAGGAAACAGAUUGAUGCCCAUUUGAUUUCGUGGGGAUGGAAAAAAAGCGCACUAUUGGCCACUUUGGAUUGGACUGAUCCCAUCACCAAACUGUCACUGAACGUCGAGAAGUUUCCUUCACGCGCACACACCUGACACUUCUUCAGAUCCUGAGCGCCUCGUCCCCGGUUGAUGCCGAGGAUCAUGACCAUGAACGGUGACCACCAGUCGGUUGCCACCGCGCCGCUGGAUCUGCGCACCACUACCCGAGAGCGUGGGAGCCCCGGGUCGAGGACUCCGGACUGCAAAGGUCGCGCUAAGGGCUCAACUGCACCUUCAGCGUGCACAGGAAAAGACAGAUUGGAAAUACACUGCUCCGCGGUCAGAAGCGCACCGGACCCAGAAGCCGGCGCUGCUCGUAAACGGCCAGCGGACAAUUCUUCCUCCAGGCUACCUUUAAGGAAACGCCCGAUUAUUGUCGUGCCGGAGACCCAAACGCAGUCAGCGGUUUUACCAGAAAGCGGAGAUCGCCUUUCUCGUGCAGUAGAUACGGACUUCACAUUACGAGGGAGGUAUACCGGUCGUUUGGAAAGAGCCGCGAAUGAAAGCAGGGUCGACGCAGCACCAGUAACUCUCAGCCGGGUAGAAGAGGCAGGGCAGAGUCCAGAUCGAUAUCCCAUUCGCUUCCUGCACCCGCUUGAUUACGGUCCACUGUACUGUUUGCCCCCUGUCCCCGAGUUGAACCACCCUCUGGCCCACCAAGCCGAAAGCCUGCUGACUGGUAUUGCUCUGGCUACACGUCAAGAUGAAGACGGAGACACGGCUCUCCACAUAGCUGUGGUACAGGAGGAGUUGGUCCUCGUCCGCAAACUGAUCCAACUACUGCUGUGGGCUCGCAGAGGCGUUGAUGUCUACAACAACCUCCGUCAGACUCCCCUUCAUCUGGCAGUGAUCACCCAGCAGGCAAACAUGGUGGAGGCUUUGUUGAGAGAUGGGGCCGACCCUGCUGCCUUGGACCGUAACGGACAAACAGCGCUCCACCUCUGCUGCGAAUAUGACCAGCGUGACUGUCUGUCCGUUGUGCUUUCUCUCUCCCAAUCCUCCACAUGCUUGGAGAUCAGAAACUAUGAGGGUUUGAGCCCUCUCCAUCUGGCGGUGCUGCGUGGCCAGAAAGAUUUGUCCAAAAUGCUGCUGGAUGCAGGCGCUGACAUCAAUGCUAUGGACAUCAAGAGUGGCCAGAGUCCUCUCAUGCACGCAGUGGAGAGCAAUAACGCAGACAUGGUCCACUUCCUCAUUGAGAGAGGCUGUGAUGUCAACAGCCAGUCAUACAGUGGGAACACAGCCCUGCACAGCGCCUGUGGCCGAGGUCAGGUGGACACGGCGCGGCUGCUGCUGAAGAGUGGAGCUGACAGCAGCCUCAAGAACUACCAUAAUGACACCCCUGUGAUGGUGGCCAAGAACAAGAAAAUAGCAGAUGUAUUACGAGGGAGAGGCUCCAAUCAGGUUAGAGCUCAAGAUCAACACUGUCUGUCUGUCUCACCACAUGGGAGUAGCUUAACAGAUAAUGGGUCCCCAUCUCCCAACCACAGUCGUGGUUGUUCACCUUUGACUACACCACACACCCCUCAUCAUAGCACCUCCCAUUCUCCAAAGACUCCAUCUACGCUUGUAUUUCCAUUUUACUAGCUCACAGUUAUUGUUGAGUGCAAUUUGCAACUACCUCCACACAGCGAACCAAAAGAGAGACUUCAAUGCCCACAAGGACAUCCAAAAGAAGGUACAGCUAAUGGGAUGACAAACCAGCAAAAGACUACACCUGAAUUCCCUAUAAGCUGGCCUUCUUUUCCUGGAUUCCAUGCAAAAACAUGCAUCCCUCCAUGGGUUUAGGUGCCUGGACAGAGUGCCUGCCUGCUACUUCCCUGCUCAUCCAGCUGCUGUUGUGACUGGGACCAAACUAGCAACUGACAAGCUACUGCUGGAUUUCUCCAUAUGCAACUAUGAAGCAACAUAAAUGUGCCACUACUGUACAUGCAAUCGAGGCUGAACAUAAAGGAAAGUCAGUAAAUGAUGGGCAUGGGCCUAAGCUCAGUGAACUCUGACUCCCUUUGUAAAAAUGUAUUUUGGCCUUUACUUUUUGUAUAGAGGACUGUAGAGAGAUGGCAGGAAAUGAAGGGCAACAAAUACAAUUUUGGACACCUUAAGUCUUUUAAAAUUCCAGUCUGCUUACAAUAAGACUGGGCCUAUGUAACUUGACCUGCUUAAUAUUGCAGUUCAUUUCCUUCUUUAUGCCAUUUUUAAAAUAAUCUACGUCACAGUACCUUUCAGAUGUUCGUGUGCAUAAGUGCCUGUGCGCACGUGUGUGUUAUUUUAUCACUGUCAAAAGUUGUUGAUAUAUUAUUUUUUACAUAAAAGGGUGUCCAACAGAUUCACUUUUGUCUGGAU